AUGAACUACCUGUUGCUAAUCGUUCUGAUGUGUUUCGUGACAACCGUUCAAUCCUUUGGUUGUUUACCAUGCAGCCGUGAAUUUAGAUGUAGUCCUUUUUACCAAUUGUGGAUACAGUCGCUUAGCAAAAUAGAGUGGGGACCAUGUCGAUGUCACAUUGUGUGUGGAAAACCAACGUUGAAGAGAAUGUUUCAGAAGUGUGGUGGUAUUCAUGGACAGUGCAAGGUCGGUUUGGUAUGCUACCCAAAAAUGCAAAUAUGUUUACCUAGUGGCAUCGGUUAUCUGGUGAGUUAACCUGUUUGCAUUCACAAGUACAAGCCUAGGGUCUAUGAAGUAGGACAACAUGUUACUGGGGACAUUUAGGGACCGGUCAGUGUUUAUGGUGGGGGGUGGCACCGAAAAUUGAUUUUCACUUUUUUACCUGAUUCAGCCAUUAAAAAGUCAAAAAAUAUGUGACAUGAGUUUGAACUGAUAGUGUAUAUCAGUGGAGACGCCAUUUGCCUCCUGACAAAUCCGAAAAUGAUCAAGAUAGUGACUCUAAUUGAUUUACAUAUUGUAUUGACAUAUGACUGUUGACAUUGCUUUUUAGUCUUGAACAUUUGAGCAAGUUAUGCUUUGGAAAUGACAAUAAAUUUUUAUUACCCAACCCUUGAGUUGUUUUGUUUUUCAUUUACCCAAUCUUUUAAUCACUCAAAAUUUUGUUUACCCAACGCUUUUCUCUUCGGUGCCACCCGAGAGAGCUUUCUUCUUUGGUGGAAUAUUUUAGUCAUGAACAGUUUUGAAAUGUCAAACUCAUGUGUACUUUCAACAAUAGACAAAACUGUUAAUAAGUUCAAUUCUACUUCUUGAAAUACACAAAAAAGACUUGUCUUUUAUAGUAGAACUUUAUUUAGUCUUCAUCUCUGAUAUACUCGUAAAAUCUAUACAUAUAUAGUCAUAGGACUUUGCAAAAAUUAAAAUUUUUGGCCACCCGUUCGAAAAAAAAAGUCGGAAAAAUUCAAAAUUUGGGACUUAAACUGUAUGGACUACCAUCUCUCUCGUAAAAUCAAUAUAGUCAUGGGUCUUUGCAACAAUCAAAAUUUUAAAUUGAAAACCUGUCCGAAAAAACCCAUUUAAAAAAUUUUAAAUUUGGCUGAAACUUUAUGUCAGACUAUAUCAUCUCUGAUAUACUCGUAAAAUCUAUACAUGUAAGGGCAGGACUGUACAAAAAUCAAAAUUUUUGGCCACCUGUCCUCAAGGACAAGCUACCAGUAAAGUCACUGAACCUUUUCGACUCCUUCGACUUGUUGUAUAUUAAUGGCUUGCUAACGUUAGUUGAUAAUGUUUUUACUACAUAAACACCGGCGCACAUACGCCGGUUUUAGGAUAUCUUUUCUAAUAUCAAUUUUAGGACUAUUGUCUGUGACUUUGAGCGAAUCAAAAAAGACAAAAUUUAGGUAUUCUCAUUAUAAAUCACGGUUAGAAAAUAUAUUUGAAAAUUUCACUAAGAUACAAGCGAAGGAAAGCGAAAAGGAUGGCUAUUUUACAAAUACAUGGGCCGUGGAAUUACAUGAACCGGCAGAGGAAGAGGAUUUGAACAGGAUCGCGAAGAAACAUGGGUUUAUACUUUUGGAUAAGGUAGGAUGUGAUGUAUUCUGACAGGUCUGAUCAGCAGCAUACUUGACUCUUAACGCCUCAUCGGUUUGAUAAGUUCAUGUAUAUUUUUUCAAGAUUAAAUGAGAACAUUUUAGAUUUACUAUAGCAAGUGUUGCUUAGGGCCUGUUCAUAUAUGAGCAAAGGUACCCGGGAAUUAAUUCACCUUAUUCCUUAAUGUCUAAUGAGAUUCGCGUGCAAUUUGUUAACGCAUAUAAAAUCAUAUCUCAUACGAUUAAAUCAUUGCUUAAAGUGAGGUUGAUUCAAUAUACUUCACGCGAGGUAUCCAGUAAUAGUAUUAUCAUGUUACCAAAAUAAAGUAAUAGGGAUGGCUAGUUUAUUCGUGAAUUAUUGAGUUUGAGAUUUAUUAUACUGGAUGUAAUAUUUCAAAUCAAACUAUGAGGACUGGAUUAGAUUCCAAGUCUGCGCAAUUUGAUCAAAUCUGAGGCGAAGCCAAGGACUGUAUCAAAGUGCGAGGACUUGAAAUCUAGUCCAUUCUGCAUGAGUUGGAGGAUUUGAAAUGACAUCUCAGUGCAUUAUAAAUCACUACUUAAAGUGAGGUAAGUUAAUUUUGAUCCAGUCCAAGGACUGAGUUAAUUUUGAUUCAGUCCAAGGACUGAGUUAAUUUUGAUUCAGUCCAAGGACUGAGUUAAUUUUGAUUCAGUCCAAGGACUGAGUUAAUUUUGAUUCAGUCCAAGGACUGAGUUAAUUUUGAUCCAGUCCAAGGACUGAGUUAAUUUUGAUUCAGUCCAAGGACUGAGUUAAUUUUGAUUCAGUCCAAGGACUGAGUUAAUUUUGAUUCAGUCCAAGGACUGAGUUAAUUUUGAUCCAGUCCAAGGACUGAGUUAAUUUUGAUCCAGUCCAAGGACUGAGUUAAUUUUGAUUCAGUCCAAGGACUGAGUUAAUUUUGAUUCAGUCCAAGGACUGAGUUAAUUUUGAUUCGGUCCAAGGACUGAGUUAAUUUUGAUUCAGUCCAAGGACUGAGUUAAUUUUGAUCCAGUCCUAGGACUGAGUUAAUUUUGAUUCAGUCCAAGGACUGAGUUAAUUUUGAUUCAGUCCAAGGACUGAGUUAAUUUUGAUUCAGUCCAAGGACUGAGUUAAUUUUGAUCCAGUCCAAGGACUGAGUUAAUUUUGAUUCAGUCCAAGGACUGAGUUAAUUUUGAUUCUGUCCAAGGACUGAGUUAAUUUUGAUUCAGUCCAAGGACUGAGUUAAUUUUGAUUCAGUCCAAGGACUGAGUUAAUUUUGAUCCAGUCCAAGGACUGAGUUAAUUUUGAUUCAGUCCUAGGACUGAAUCAAUAUACUUCACCAGGUAUCCAGUAUUAUCCUGUGAGCAAAAUAAAGCAAUACGGUUGGCUAAUUUACUCAUGAAUUGUUGAGUUUGAGAUUUAUACUGGAUAGCUCUAUCAGUUCUAAACUGUUCUCCCUAGUGUCCACUCCUAUUUAAUCUAGUGUUACUACAUGCAGGACGAAACCUAAACUAACUCUAUCUUCUCUGGAUAGCUCUGUCAUUUCUAAGAUGUUUUCCCUAGUUCCCGAGAAGGAGUUGUAUGCCUGUAAUCUAUUCUUACAUUUUCUUUUCAAAGAUUGGCAGUUUAAAGAAUCACUUCCACUUAAGGCAUGACGAUGUAAAGGAGCUGCAUCAUAAACACGCUCAGGAAAAGACAGAUCUCUUAAUGCUUGAAAAAGAGGUAAGUACGACUUCGAUUCCUGCCAGAAGGCUUACAGUUGUAUUUUCCCCUUGAUGUAUGAGAAGUAUAUACCAUAGUGGUAUGUUCUAUAGUAAGAUAUAAUCUCUGACAGAAGUGUUUCUUUCAAAACAGGUCAAAGACGCAACACAACAGAAAUAUAUUCACAGAAUGAAACGAGAUGGUAUACCCACUGACCCUAAAUUUGGAGAAAUGUGGUAUCUGGUAAGCGUUGUUAUUACAAUUGCAAAAGGAAGCCUUCGACUCGAUCAGGCUGAGCUGUGUGAGCAAUAGAUUUGAAUCAGUAAUACCAUUUAUUUCUGUAGUUAAAUUCAGGUCAGACAGGUGGACCUGUUGGCGUGGAUACAAAUGUCUUGCCUGUGUGGAAAAGUGGUAUUACAGGACGGGGGGUUGUUAUCUCCGUUUUAGAUGAUGGUAAGUACUCAGUUCUGUAUUUAUACAUGGCAGGAGGAGGGGAGUUUGGGGGAGGGGGGUGCUUCAAAUUUCUGUAGGUCCGGUGGGAUAACGUUCUGAGGGGGUGCCAUAAAAGUUUUUGGUAGCGAGGGGUAUUGCACUUUCCCUUCCUCCCCCCCCCCGCCCCAGAAAAUCUGCGCAUGGUUAGGUCUGAGAUAAAAUAGGUUACUGAGGUCAGGGUCAUUUUGUUACCAGGAUAAUUAAUGUACUGAAUUUAUGUAUUGUCUUUUUAAGGUCUUGACCAUACUCACCCAGACCUUUCACCAAACUAUGUAAGUAUGCAGAGAUGACUGAUGCUCAUCGGUCGUGAAAGGUGUUUUGUUGGUGUUACUAUUGCAAAAAAUCCCAGCAAGCAAAGCAUUUCACUUUUCAGAUCCAUUCUCAGAGAUGUGAAAAACUAGUUCAUAUUAUUCUUACACUGGAGAGAUUCGAUCUCGGACUACACACGUAAAAACGCACAAGUUGUAACAAACCUGCAGCAGACUUGUAGCAAUGCUGUUUCAACAACUUGUCAACAUGCAGGAUGUGUUCGCACUGCUUGUUCCCAGCUUGUUGACAACUUGCUACAAGGUUGUUGAGCUCAACAGACUUGUUACAAGUUUUUCCAACAACUUGUAAUCGUCCUGCAAUUCAAUAAUUUGUCAACAAGUUGUGAGUGACAACCUUGUAGCAACUUAAUAAAUUAGCAACAUUGUUACAACUUUGUUGACAGGCUUGCUACAAUCCUGUUGCGAACACAUCUUGUUGACAAGUUGUGAGAUUUUUACGUAUCGCUCGUCUUAGAGGUUGCGUGCAGUAUUUCAAAUGGAGCAUUGUUAAGUGAAACAAGUUAUAUGAAUCACAGGAAAACAGUUCCAUUCAAUAUUUUUAAAUAUAUUAUUGAAUAUUUUUAGUUACCAGAAGCCAGUUAUGAUUUCAAUAGUCAUGACGCUGAUCCUUCUCCACGAGAUGAAGACCCUGAUAACUGGUAUGUUGCACUG